ACAAACCAAUAGCAUUGCUCUCUGCCCACAGGACUUACCCUUCAGUAAGUCUUCACAGACAGCUUGUAAAUAGGAACAGAAGAGGGAGAAAGUGUUUGCAUACACUGAGCACAGCUGAAACACAAUACGGGCAGCCAGAAGGAAUGAUGCUCCUCAGGAUAACCCAGAAACGAAGAUAACAAGGGUAAGAGCUGCCUUCUUUACCUUUUCCAUUUGGGAUUACAGAGGAGAAGGGACACCCUCCUACCUGACCCUCUUGUGGAGGAGUUGCUUAACGUCAAGAUGGGGAUCCAUUUAUGGAAACUUUGGGCUUUAAGGAAUUAAGCUCAGCUAAGAAACAAAUGGAUCCAAUAUCUCUGUCCACCAAGAAGCUCCAAAAGGAUGAAAGGUUAGAUUAUUUGGAGGUAACCUUACAAAUCUUUCAAAGGCUUAUGAAGUAGAGUUCAAGAUAAUAUACACUGAUGCAUUUUCCUUUAAAAAGAUUAGAACAACCAUACUUGAACUUCUUGCAAGUUUGUACAACUCCUGAAAACAGCACAUCCUGAGCAGAAAUUUCAUGGCAGCAUAAUAUUGUGUGGAUUUUACUUCUGACAGCGUUGUUCCAUGCUGCUGGCAACACAAGGUGAACUGUUACACAAUGAAUGUGCUGACAUUGGCUAUAUCUAUUUGGAAAUUCCUUGGGAAGCUUCUAUUUUUUGAACUGUGUAUUCAGCUUAGCAACUUAAACAAAUUUUAUGUUCUAGCAAACUGUCCUGAUGGUUGCAUCUGCACUGCUGAUCUCUUGAGUUGUGCAAAUCAGAGCCUUGAACAGGUUCCGGUCACACUGCCUCCCACAACUACUACCCUCGAUCUCAGCCACAACAACAUUGCUUGGCUUAAUGGUAAUUGGCUGGCCGCCUUACCACGCCUCCAAAUCCUACGGAUCAGCCACAAUAAAAUCAGUAACAUCUCACAAAAAGUGUUCUACAAUGUCACUGACCUUGCACACCUGGACAUGUCCUCCAACUGCCUGCACACUGUGGAAGGAUAUUACUUUGAAGACCUUGUGAAUUUGAAAGAACUCUUGCUGUACAAUAACAAGAUUGUACAAGUUGAUGAAAACGCCUUUGUCAAGCUAACCAGUUUAAGAAAAGUCUAUCUGAGUUGGAACAGGCUAACCAAAUUUCCAUUUGAAUUCAUUCAAAGACUUGAACAUCCUUAUCUGAGAACUCUUGAUCUGUCCACGAACAACCUGAGUACCAUUCCUGUUGAAGUAAUAAGGUCCUUGCCAAGGUACGUUAAAAAUGGCUUAUAUCUUCACAACAAUCCUGUGAAAUGUGACUGUUCUGUCCACCAGAUGUUCCAGGAAUGGAAGCACCAUGGUUUCAGUUCUGUGCAAGAUUUCAUAGAGGAACAUACUUGCAAAAUCUAUGCUCAUGAGCCACGGUCAUUACUCAAAACUUUCAAAUACAAUGAGUAUUUUGAUAAUUGUUCAGAGAAUCAGAGGAAAGCAGCUAUUCCAAAAGUGCACUGCAAAGUGGGAGAAUCCUUGAUAAUAGACUGCAACACAGGCUUCCAUGAGGACAAUACCACCACCUACCAGUGGUUCUCUCCCCGCUAUGAAUUAUUUAUGUAUUUGAAACACACUGAUAAGACACAUCAGCUUUUCAAAAAUGGAAGCUUAAAGAUAAUAAAUGCCAAAACUUUGCAUUCUGGAGUUUAUGUAUGCAUAGCUAUCAGUGAGGUCCAAAAGAUCAACAGGACACAUAAAGUCAACAUCACUGUCCAGUAUCCCAAGCCAGUGGAGUCCUUCAAUACUGGUCUAACCACUCUCCUUGGAUGUGUUGUGAGCUUGGUUCUGGUCCUGCUGUACUUGUACAUCACGCCAUGUCACUGCUCAAAGUGCUGCAAGAAGCCUGUAAAUCCUCCUCAAGACUGCAGUGCCCAGUCAUCCAUUCUCAGCACCACCCCACCAGCCAUCAAUCGCAAGAUCAGUGCAAACAAGCAUGUUGUUUUCCUGGAGCCCAUCAAGGAGAGACAGAAUGGCAAGGUCAAGCUGGCUGUCAGUGAGGACUUUCCAGAUGCUCGAAGUCCUAAAUUUCUGCAGCUUAAGUUGGAUACUGAAUCCAGCAGCUCAGCCUUUUCUGACCUUGCCUUCACAUCCUACGAGGCAAGAGCACAUUCACCAGCAAAUGGGUAGCAAGCAACCCCGAGCAAGAGUGGAGGAGUAAGAGAAAAAACAAGGCAUAUUUAUAAAGAGUUUCUUCACCAAAACAAACACAGAAGUUUUAAAAAUGCUCCUUGGGUGAAGGAUAAUUGAUUGAAAUUUCUCCCAUAAAGGAGAGUGAUUUUUUUAUUCUAAUAUGACUGUUUCAUAAACUAUUUACUAUGCACAAGAGAAAUAAUGUCCUUAUCAUGGAAGAGAGUAAACACUCUCUAUACAUCCUAGAUGACUGCAACCUACUCGAUAACAGAGACAAUAUGAUUGUAGCACAGGGUACGUCGCUUUUGAAAACUACUGUGGAAUACAAGUUUGUGGCAUAGUUUUAACCUUCAGAGAAUAAACAUUUUCUAUUAAAAACCCUAUGAUUUCAUUUCCAGAAAUGCCCUUGUUUCACUAACAGGGGAGGUUUAAAAAAACUUUUAAAGUGUUUUAGCCAACUACUGCUUUCAUAACACUAUGUAACAAAAUUUGAAAAUGUUUCUGUUCCUAGUUUGAAAGUGCUAUUUCCUGUUUAUUUGUGCAGUACUUACUUUAAAAGUAGUUGUUAUAUUCCAGAAACCUUGCUUUUGUUGCUGCCACAAACUAUGUUGAAGUGGUUGAGACUGUAUGAGAUAUUCAUUAAAAAACUAUAGCAAAAUGUGUUGCAAGAUGUCCCGCAAAAACAAAGUUUUUGCAGUUUAAUAAACUUUCCCCAUGUUUUUAUAAUAGAAUCCAUUAGGAGGAAAUGACAUUAUAACUCAGAAACAAGAACUGUUACACAGUAUAAUUACUGAUUUGGAAAAUAAAUUCCUGAGUCCAUCCUUUCCAAAUUCCAGGCUGUCUAGAAUAACUCACAGCAUAGUUAAACACGGAAGCAAUAUCCUCUCUAGAGAGGCCAGAAGUCCUGUUCCAGGUAACCACCUCACAACAUGUUGGAUAUACACACACACACAGUCAAUCAUGUAAGUGCCAGUGUUGAUCUUUUGCUUUAACUAGCUUAACAGACUACUGUAUUUCACUGGACAAAUUGAACAGUUUCUCUUUUAAGAAGCAAGCUUUUUCAAUGUUGCAUUUUCCAUUGGCAAUUAGAUAGCAUUACAGCUAUGAUAAAUUUCUUCUAGCUUGGAACUUCAAUGUUUUUGGACAUUUUUCAGUAUUUUUUAAAAAAUGGAAUGCAGAAAAUUAUCCUUUUGUUUGAGAAGUGCAAAAGCCUUUCCAUGCUGCCAUCAGGAGUAAAUUUGGGGCCAAAGCAGAUGAGUAUUCAUAUAAAGUUAAAAAUAAUGUGAUAGUACUAGUAUUGAUUUUUAAUGUACAAUUAAAUGCAUUUAAUAUGAAAUUUAAGUACAUUUAUGCACAAUGAAUGUACAAUUAAGUAUAUUACUUGCAUUUGGUGUAUAUUUGACCUUAAGCAGAUGCAUUUAUUUAGAUGGAUUAAACAGAUGCAGGAACCAUCUCUUGUUUCUCUAAGUUUUUAUAUGACAACAGGUCUAUAUAUUAGAAACACAACCAUUCAAACUAAUAUUUCCUUAUCAUUCAUCUCUUCCUCUCCUUGCGCCAAAACAACUGUAAAUAUCAACAUUCAGGAAUGUAUUAGCCUAUUCAUGCAUUUAAAAUAAUACAAAGCACCUUAUCAUGCAUUGUUCAGCACGUAUAAAUGCAGGUUUUAUAUGAACAAUAGCCCUGACUUCUUUCUUCUUGAGAAGGACAGAUUUUCUUGGGAGAACCAAGCUAUUUUGGUAGCGCUCCAAUACAUGUAAUGAGAAAUUGUAACCUGGGGCUAGAUGUCCUCUUGAGUUACACUUAAAUAAAGAUCCCUAUUUUUGAGAAAA